AUGGGCGACAUCGACCAGCUCGAGAAGCUCACCUCGGGGAGUAUCACAUUCGACGCGUCGUCCAGUGGCGAGUUUGCAUACUGGGACAACAACAGCCUCCUCGCGCCGAUCGUGAGGGACGUAGGCGUCGCGGGGCAGGGGUACACAAAGGUCACGGGUAAGAAGCGAGGCUUCUUCGCAGCUCUGCGGAAGGGCCAGGGCUCCCCUUUCGGCGCCGUGCGCUACGGGGGCCCGAUCAAAACGCACUUCGGCGACCUCGAUGUCGAGCAGGAGCACUUGGCCGAGCUCCCCCUGGCAGGGAGCCGGUCGCUGAGCCUGUGGCUCAGCAGCGCGGGCUCCUAUUCGACGGCGCACAUGGACAGCUUCCACAACGUCUUCAUCUCGGGGAAAAACGGGUGCUGCUCGCACCGGCGGCCGACGCACACCUCCUCGGCACGUACCCUGGGACGCACCCGCUGGCGCGGCAGGCGCGCUGGCAUUUCGGGCUGGAGGGGGGCCCGGGUGGCGCGGGCGCCUCUGGCCGCGUGCUGA